GUGCAAUUGCGUUGAUUCCCGCCAUACAUUCAUUUUGGUACAGAUUGUCCCAUCAGUUAUACCUUUUUAUAUCCUUAAAUAAAUACCAUACCACAUUUUCAGACGGGUUUCAUUAGGUUGUGUUGAUGAGAAUGGAGAUGAAAAUAUUUGAUCAUAUAUAAACCAUGAGUGUUUAUGAAUGGUUGAAGAAAGUGUUUUUGUAUUUUACGUUUUAUCACAGUGCGUCGUGCAUUAUGCAUCUACGGCCUUUUAUGCUUAAUAACCAUGUGAGCCACUGCAUUGCACUGCACUUUCCCCUACAUGCAGCCAUAUAUAUUAACUUAAAAACAGAAGACGUUUUACAAUCUGAAUUAUUUAUUCAGAUAGUAAAACGUCUUAUUUUUUUGUCAAUAGAUAUGGCUACCCUACACUGUAUAUUCAGACUGGAAUAUACUCUGGUACAGUAUUUACCUUGCCGGUGCUAAUUUUAAGAAUUUUGAACUGCUCAUAUUUACCGUAAUAAAUACUUAUAUCACGAGUUGAACGGAAGUGCGAUUGCAAUUGCGCAUGCAUCUCGCACUUCACUACAUUGUUGUCAUUUAGCAACAUCUACGGAUUGUUUUUUGCACAUUAGCUUGUAAAUUGCAGACAUUUUACUUCAAACAGAGAAUAAAAAUCUAUCAUUUGGGCUGGACAAGAUGGUGGGCAGUAAUUUUCAGGCGCAGUUGGUAUCCAUUCUGGAGGUAUUAGCUAAAGCAGCUGUAGCAGAAAUAAACAAUCGUGUAGAUGAUAGCUGUGCAGUUAUACGUUUGGAAAUGACCCAAAACCAGCGAGAUAUUGAUGUACUGAAAAGAAAGUGUCAAAUGAUGGAGAGCGAGCUGAAGAAGACACAAGGACGAGUCAGGAAAAAAGAGAGAUCUUCAUAUCCAGUCAAGAUUGUUUUCAACAAGCAGAGGAGUACUUCACAGUGGAGAUACAGAGAGAUGGCUGUUGAAGAGGACUCUGAACGCCAGCCUACAGAUGUGGAACAGAGAGUGGAGACUGAACCUGUACUGAUCAAAGAUGAGGAAACAGCAGAGGCUGUAUGGAAGACUGACACUCAGGAAGAGCUCAGGGUCACUGGAGAGGAGUCUGGUUCCAAGCCUGGGAAACCACCAUAUUUUGAACAACGGCACUGUGAUGAGGACUUCAUCACACAACCCAACAUAUCUCCCGAAGAGUCAGUGGAAUUUUACCCAAAUUCGGAUCAUCCAGAGGAACCAGGCACACCCCGGCUCGCGUCUACAGAGGUGUUCAGCACAGAGCAGCACCGGCCAGCCGAGGACUCACUAGACCUAGUGAUGGUGAAGAAUGAGAAAGAGGAGGAGCUAGAUCAGACCACGGCCCUGGCAGGACCUGACCAGUUUGUUAUGGAUGAGACUGAUGGGCAGCUGUGGACCUCUGUGGAUCCAGGCAGAGACACUGACCCUGAUGGCCACCCAGAUUUCUCCUUUCAUGCAACAGAAGAGUACUCUCAGAAUAUCUCAAUUUUCCCAUCUCAUAGUGGGCUGCCAUCCGUUCCUAAAAUGACAGAUGAUGUAGUGCCAUCGCUUCACUCUUCUUUAUGGAAACCACAUGCUAACAUGUUCAGUGUAGCAAAACACAUGACAAGACAUGUCAGGACAUUGGCUGAUGAGACUAGACAACAGAUGCCAGAGGGAGAGAGCAGCGAGAGGCUGAACUCAAAUAAUGAAGGAAAUAGUUUAGCUCUACAUCCAAGGCAGCAUCAAUACGGGGCUUCGGAAUCAACAGUGAGAUUGAGUGAGUGCAUGACAAGGUCAAACAUGGCCACCACCUCCACCUUCUCGGGAUACAGCCUGAGCCGCAAUAGUUUUAACAUGGUGAAGAGAAUGAGGACUCAGUGGAGGUCGGGUGGCGACACCACCGAGAGGCGUUUCAGUUGCACCUUCUGUGGGAAGAGCUUCCAGCGUUUCAGCGAGCUCAAAGUACACCUCCGGAGUCACACCGGAGAGAAACCGUACACCUGCGAACAGUGUGGCAGGAGUUUUACCAAGACGUGCAACCUGAUCAGACAUGCUGUGGUUCACAGCGGCGAGAAGCCCUACGAGUGCACACAGUGUGGGAAAUGCUUCACCCAGCGCUCCAACAUGACGUCACAUCAGAGAACUCACAUAGGAGAGAGUCCAGUGUCUCAAUACGUAGCACCCACAUACCCUGGGGAUCCACACAAAAGUUGAAUGUAGUCUCAGAACAGAUAGAACAAAUAGUUCAUAAUUGCAAUUUCUAUGUGAAAAUAUAGUGAAGAAGAUAUUUUGGGACAUUUUGACAAGACUUUUCUCCUAAUUGAUUUGUGAAAUGGUUUUCAUAUUUGACAGUUAACAGAUCCUCACUUUUAUUUUAAUAACCUAUUUAUUUACAGCUGGUAACAUUGUGUAUUUUUAACACAAAAUCAUAAAAAACAUGUUAUAUUCAAUAAAAUUGAUUUAAUGAAAGAGUCAAUCUGUGCUUUUAGAUCAAUAAUAUAUAGGAUCCAUUUAGUAUGUAUUGUCUAGUUAGUGUUUGACUAUCUGUGAUGUCACUUCUUGCCACAAGGGACAGUCUCAUAUCAGGUCAGGUUAAGAACUCAAUUCAACUUGAUUUUCCAAGUUAUAUUUAGAAGUUACUCUGCUGCCUUAAAAUAUUAAGUUACUCUAUGUAAUCUCAAAACUAGGCAAAAAAAUAUUUGUUUCAGUGUAAUAGGCUAUACAUGUUCAUACAACUUUACAUUUUACAUCUGGAAACUACACUUUUAAUAUGUACAUUGUCUAAGCUGACACCACUGGUACUGUAUAAAACUGGUCAACUAUGUCAAAGAUCAUUAGAUACUGUAGAUUGCUAAAUAGAUAAUCAUUGAUUUGCCAAACAACAGAGGUGGAUAUAAUGGGGAAGAUCGCAAGAGAGAGACUCAGGAAGUCAACAGGGGAAGUUUAGUGGUUUCUUACGUCAUCGCUUGCUGCAGCUUGGUUGUGCCGGUGCAGAGUGAAGAGUUGUUGGGUUGUGGAGAUUCCAAGGGAAACGUGGUUCAAGCAGCCACCAAACACAAACUCCAGGAGCAGCAGGAAACCUGUAAGA